AUGGCUACCUCUGCCAUCACCGCCGCCGCCCCCACCUCCUCCUCCAAAUCCUUCAGAAUCGUCUCCCGUACGAUGCAGUCACUGGUCCUCCUCAUUGUCUCGAUUGGCACGGUCAUCACCGUCGCGUGGCUCGUCCUAAACCCCCGCCCUCCCGCAUUCCGGCUUGACUCCCUGUCCCUCUCCGGCCUCCCCACUGCCUCCGAUGCCUCAUCCCGUCCUCCAGGACCCCACGUUCGGAUCCAGCUCACCGCCACCAACCCAAACAAGAAACUCGGCGUGGUCAUCCAGGACGUCAACCUCUGGCUCGCAAUAGUUCACUGCAAGUGCCAGCUCCCUCUCUUGAGCCCCAACCACACAGCAUCGUCGGAGUAUCCCAUCAACAAAAGGAGCCAAGAAGUCCUCAUCUUCGAGGGCAAAACAGCCCUGAGGCCUUGCCGAGGAAUGAGGAAGAAGAGGCCGUUUCAGUUCCCUGUGGGUGAGGCAGUGAUGUCCGUGAAGAUGAAGGUUAGCGUCAAGUUCAUGCAUGCAUAUUGGCCGAGCAAGCGCAUGUCGGUGAAGGUGGGAUGCGAGAAUUUGAGCCUCGAGCUCUCCUCAUCGACACGCACUGGGAAGUUAAAAGAUAGGGGGAAGGAUUGCUUGGUUCGCUUCGCUUAA